GCUGAUCCUCCCUCGCAGAAUUUCAGUUCAACUCUUAGUUCGGAUCCUAUGGGCGUGGCAAGGGGGAAGAAUGACUGCUUGCUUUGUAGUUCUUGACCCGGAAGUAGUUACCAGGAACACCGGAAGAGGUAGCUCGCGCCCGAGAAACGUGUGGGCUCUCCAGCGGUGAAGUUGAAGCUAAUACUGAGGCAGAGGUACUCUAGAUGCUCUCCAAGUACCUGAUUAUGGAGUAUUUGGCUCAACCUGGUGCACUCAGCUUGGCUGCUGGAGUUGCUUGUGGCAUGUGCCUGGGCUGGGGCCUCCGGGUUCGCUUUGGGAUGGUCCCCAAAAACUCAACAAGUGAAACAAACGCUGAAACCGAAGCAAGCAUCUUGGGAGAGAGUGGGGAGUACAAAAUGGUUCUUGUGGUUCGAAAUGACUUAAAGAUGGGAAAAGGAAAAGUCGCUGCCCAGUGUUCUCAUGCUGCUGUUUCUGCCUACAAGCAAAUUCAAAAGAGAAACCCUAACAUGCUCAAGCAGUGGGAAUAUUGUGGCCAGCCCAAAGUGGUGGUCAAAGCCCCUGAUAAAGAAACCCUGAUUGAAUUACUGACCCAUGCGAAAAUGCUAGGACUGACUGUAAGCUUAAUCCAAGAUGCUGGACGUACUCAGAUUGAACCUGGCUCUCAGACUGUCCUAGGAAUUGGGCCAGGACCAGCAGAUCUAAUUGACAAAGUUACUGGUCACCUAAAACUUUACUAAGUGGGCUUUUGUAUGCUUAUGAUCCUAUCACAGAUUUUUGAAGCCUGUCAAAUUCUAACAAUAAAAGCUGAAUUUCUUCUCCCAAUUUAAA